AUGUCUUCGACGCCCAUGGAUAUCGAUCGCUCUAAUACGCCAAAUGGUGCCUCACUUAACAUUCACCGCACCAUUGGCACUACUGCUUCCGUCUCAAAUCUGUCCGAUGUCAUAGGCAAUUUUCGGCCAACCAAGCUGUUCCGCCGCGAUGACGUUAAAGACAACCGCCCGCAGCCUCAUGUGCUGUCCUUAGACUACGACGACGAAGGCGAGUACGUUAUGGCCUCAGCCAGUGACGAAACGAUACAGAUCUACCAUGUCAAAGAAGGCCGCCACGAUAAGAGCUUGAUCAGUAAAAAAUACGGUGUCAAGCUUGCCAAGUUUACCCAUACAAAUUCGAGUAUCAUCUACGCCAGUACAAAACAAAACGACGCUAUCCGUUAUCUCGCUACACAUGACAACUCCUUCAUCCGGUACUUUGAUGGUCAUGAGGGGCCUGUAACAUCACUGGCUGUCCAUCCUGGGAGCGACAAUUUUAUCUCGUGCUCCCAGGACAACACUGUGCUUCUUUGGGACACACAGACCAAAAACUACCAAGGCAAACUUUUCCUUCGAUCGCCCUAUCUCGCUGCGUACGAUCCUUCAGGGACCGUGUUUGCAGUGGCCUGUAUCAGUAGUGGCACUGUCCUACUCUAUGAUGCACGAAACUACGACAAGGCUCCUUUUGCGACGGUUGAUAUUGUGGACCAGUGUAGGAAGGUAGACUCACAAUGCUUGAACAAGGCGUGGACAAAACUCGAGUUCUCCAAUGACGGCAAAUCAUUACUAGUUGGGACUCGUGGUAAUGGCCAUUUCCUCCUUGAUGCCUUUGAGGGCACGCUGAAGGCAUAUCUCCGCAAACCAAACGGCGGGACCCGGCGAUUGGCACUCGGAGAGACGGCACAGGCUAGUGGUGCAUCAUCAGACGCAUCCAAUGUUGAGAGCAGCGGCGAGUGCUGUUUUGCUCCCGACGGUCGUUAUGUCCUUAGCGGAUCCAAGAAGGAUGUCUUGGUCUGGGAUACCAUGGCCGCUCCUGACGAUAACAAAGUGCUGGAACCAAGCUGGACGCUGCCUGAUAAGAGAGAGGCUGCUGUCCUAGCUUUCAACCCACGGUACAAUUUCUUCGCCACGGCUGACCAGGAGCUCUUAUUUUGGCUACCCGAUCCUCAUGCGUAG